GCUUAGUGGACGGUGAACGUGGUUCAUAUGCGUGCGGUCAAAGAAGAUCGCAAAUACGAACGUUUCCGCUGCAUCUAAAAACCACAAUUUAUGUUUUUUUUUUGGCAAUGCAAGAACUAACAAAGUUUCUUUGAAUGGUGAGACUUUGUAACAUUUUAUCGAGGCUAGUGUUUAAUUGUAUCGUUUUUAUAACGUAGUAACAAUUAGAAAUGUUUGUUCAAGAUUGGUGAAUCUUAAAAUUUUGAAAUUGCGAGAUGACAAAUUCGACAGGUGGCUCGAAAGCAAAAUGUAGUAGUAAUUAUGCGAACGAGAUGAAUCCAUUUGUUAAAUUUUAAGAAGGCGAAAAAAUAAACGAACUUAAGCAGUGAACUUAAAAUGGAUGUGAACAUUAACGAUACGUUAAACCUGAACGAGACUAAUUUAUUCAGCAAGGUGAUCAUAUACAAGAAUGCAAACAGAAAUGCGGACGACGCAACAGAAGCUUCCAAUGAUUCCGGAUCGAAAGAAUUUAACAACUGGUGGGCUCUAUUGGCGCUGGUUCUUGUGAUCGGUACAGCCGCCGGGAACAUUCUUGUGUGCCUGGCCAUCACCUGGGAGAGACGUUUGCAAAAUGUUACCAAUUACUUCCUAAUGUCAUUGGCAAUUACGGAUCUGAUGGUUGCUAUCUUAGUUAUGCCACUGGGUAUCCUUACUCUUGUCAGAGGUCACUUUCCUCUGCCCUCAAUUUAUUGCCUCGCUUGGAUAUGUCUGGAUGUCCUCUUCUGUACGGCAUCAAUAAUGCAUUUAUGCACAAUAAGUGUCGAUAGAUAUUUGUCACUUAGGUAUCCGAUGAAGUUCGGUAGGAAUAAAUCACGGAAAAGAGUCACGCUGAAAAUCGUAUUCGUGUGGCUACUCUCGAUCGCAAUGAGUCUUCCGCUAAGUCUUAUGUAUUCCCAGAACCACGAAUCAGUAUUAAUUGAUGGAGAUUGUCAAAUACCUGAUCCGCUGUACAAAUUUAUCGGUUCCAUAAUCUGCUUCUAUAUCCCGCUGAUCGUCAUGCUGAUUACGUAUACUCUGACCGUCAGCCUUUUGGCGGACCAAAAACAGAACUUGGGAACAACAAAUUGGUCCAGCGGAUGGAUGGGAGCACCAUCUCAGUUAGAACGACAUUGUACAUGGCGUAAACUGUUGAAUGCCACCCGUGGUCGACCGUCAACACCUCAACACGCACAUUCUGCAGCAUCCACAGACACGGAAUUAACCACUUUGGAUACUCAUGAGCUUUGGAUACAGGAGAGCGAUCCUUCACCGUGCACCAUGUCCGCAUUGGGGCAGUUCGGCGCUGAAAUGCUUAAAUUAUCCAGAGGGUUGGAGGCUGUUUCGCACAUCAAUAUGAAUCGGAAUUGCCAAAGGAAUAAACAAUCCCAACAAAGAGGAUCCGGUGACCGAGAAUUGCAUCUUUCAAAUUUAAAUUCACCUCUAUUAUCGUCAUCAUCGGAGAGUCCGUCGCCGUGGUUGGUAAAAAGAAGGCGAGCCUCGACAUUUCACGAAGGCGAUAGUAGAGACGAGAGUCCUUCACCUAGAUGGCGUCGCAGAGGAUCCAGUUUCCAUGAAACUCGAACCAUCGACCUACCAGAGGAGACUAGUAAAUCCGAACGUAGUGAAAGCAAUUCGUUAUUGCUACCUCCCCCGUGUACGUGUCCAUAUUUCGGACAUAAACAGAACGAUAAAUCACCAGCGCCGCAGACGGCCGAAGUGAAAAUAAUUCCGAGUGAAAAAAUCGAAAUUUUAUCAACCAGCGAGAACAAACUAUCCCCGGCCGUAUCCCCGAUUAAGAAGUCCAUGUUGAGCAAAUCUCGGACCGGUAUAAAUGGGGAAUCUUCGCCGACGAAUAUAGUGGUCACCUGGGAGUCUCCGACCAGGAAGAAACAUCACAGGGGAUCCAGUUUCGGAAGCACCAGGACGACAGUAAAAACAUCUGCAGCUCCGAAAACUCCUUCGCUUCUUCGAAGGUCAGCCACGCUGAAACAGAAUGGUCACAGCGGAGGAGCAACAUUGGUGGAUCGCAGAAAAAAUCCUUCAUCUCCAUGUCUCCUGCAACGAUACAACUACAACAACGCUCGUGCAGGCACGGUGAGGUCCCAUCAUAGUCGCAACUCGAGUGUCAUUUCCCGCAAUUCUUCGCGGCACGGCAGGAUAAUCCGAUUAGAGCAGAAAGCCACGAAGGUCCUAGGGGUGGUUUUCUUCACUUUCGUUAUCCUCUGGGCCCCGUUUUUUGUCCUCAACUUGCUGCCGAUUGUCUGCGGCGAGUGCGAGAGGCAUAUCGACAAUUGGGUCUUUCAGUUCGUCACGUGGCUGGGAUACGCCAGUUCUCUGGUAAAUCCCAUAUUCUACACUAUAUUCAAUAAAGUCUUUCGGCAGGCUUUCAAAAAGGUCUUGUUGUGCAGAUACAGAAAUCCCAAGUGGCGACCGCACAGGUGACCCAUCAGCACGAACAACAAACGCAUCAACGCCAAAAGGACACAAACUUUCGAAGUUUAGAUAAUCACUUAGUACAUCUCUCUGUAUCUUCUUAUCUAUCAACUUCUACGACAUAUCACAAAUUACCUUAAAAUGUAACAAAUACUCCUUUCUCCUUCUCUAUAUUUGA